AUUCACUGGCACUAAUAAUGCGUUCCUGAAACUAGUGGGACUUCAAGUCAUGUACAUAAAAAGAGUCGAUUAAAUUGAAAAGAGAGGGGGCUUCCGUUGUUCCCAUUCAGGAUAUAGUUCCCUCCAGCGUCUCUCCAAGCGGGACCUCGCCGCCUCACGCUUCGGGGACGCGUCUCUUCUUCCACAGUACACCGAGCCUCGCACUCCUGUCGAUUCAUUUUGGUUCCUGUCGGGAAUUCAAAAGCUAUACGAAUAAGCGGCAGCACUAUGUCCAUGCUCAUCCACAAAAUCGAACGGCUCUAGUGUCCCUUGCAGGGACAGAUUCAAGACGUGCAUUUCCGUUCUUUAAUGGAAGAUUCAUAUAUGCUGUUCCUGCUCCUCGUACCCACUGUGAGCGAAGUCGCGCUCGGGCACCGCUGCGCGCACCCUUUCGCGUCCGGCAUAGCUGGGCACAUAUCAACAAACAGCAUUGAAAGUAGCAGACUCAUAUCUUCAUGAGAUUUGCUGAUACACGAGAACUCAUAAUGUUGUCGCGCCUACGUCUGCGCAGCAACGUCUUUCGUCGGCCGUCCUAUAAUAUUAUACCGAGAUGGCUUCGUGGGAGAAGCUCCCAUUCAGCAUCAACCUCCGAGAUAUCUUCGCGGCAAGGUCUGAUGAGCUCUUCGACGGUGAAGACGUUCGAGAACGUUUCUGAGGAUGACCUCUUCACGUACAAGGCACAACGCUGGCUUUGGAAUGAAGCGGAGCAGCUUCAACGUCGCUAUCUCAAAUGCGAAAUGACAGCCUUGAUAGAGGCACUCCAAAAUGCUGCCGGGCCUGGAGCAACGUGCAAAGAGCUCACUAAGUUUUCUGAAGGCAACUUCAACAAAGCCUUUUUGGCUACGAUGGACGAUGGACGUCAGCUGGUCGCUCGGUUGCCAAACCCAAACGCAGGUCGUUCUCAUUAUACCACCGCUUCCGAAGUGGCGACUAUGGACUAUGUCAGAGAUCGUCUCGAUAUCCCAGUGCCCAAAGUGUUGACAUACAACACAAGCGAAGGCACGAAUGGCGUUGGGGCGGAGUACCUGAUCAUGGAGAAAUGUCCUGGAAUCGAACUCAGCCACGUUUGGGACAGUUUAUCCGGAAAAGAGCGAGUGGAUAUUGUGAAGCAACUAGUGGCUUUCACAUCCAGACUGUACACGGCCCGCUUCCCCUGCUAUGGUUCACUGUACUAUUCAAGGGAUAUUCCACGUGGUAGUGGUAUUGAACUUGAUGACACGUUCAGCGUCGGACCGACAACGAGCCGCUCUUGGUUUGAUGAUCGAAGAGGAGAGGUCGAUAUUGACCGUGGUCCAUGGAAAACUGCUGAGGACGUUAUGAAAGCUCUCAUAAAGCGGGAAAUGGCCUGUUUAGAGACGUUCCCAGAGUUUCCGCGGGACCGCCAACAAGGAAUCUUUAACGGCCCAGGUGGAUUUCAUCCGUCAAAAGCUCUCAAGUUGUCAGUUCUUAAUGACUGCAGCCGCGUUCUUCCGUACAUAAUGCCAAAAGAGGACGCAUUUACCGCCACGGUCCUAUGGCAUAACGAUUUGCAUAGCGAUAACAUUUUCGUCAACGCGGACCGGCCGACAGAGAUUACCGGCAUCAUUGAUUGGCAGGGCGUCCACCUUCAUCCCGCCUUUCUACAUGUCCACUAUCCCUCCCUGGUUGAAUACGAUGGACCUGUCUUGCCGCCCCUCUCAAGCCCUCAAUUGCCCCCGAAUAUCAAAGAGAUGGAGCCCGUCGAGAAAGAACAAGCGAAAGCACUUUUUCUGGCCCAGCCCUUUUACAGCCUGUACCAGAUCAAUAUCAAACGACAGACCCCUGAGUUGCUCCUCUUUGACGACGGAGAGGUUUAUGUUCAGAGCCUGUUGGCACAACUCACGGAGCCAGAUACUUGGAGCAAGGUGGGCGGAUCGGUAUCCUGCCCUCUGGCAUACACAGAUGAAGAACGAUCGCGACAGAAUGAAGAGCUGGCCAAGUGGCAAAGGGAUGUCGAACGAAAGGCGCGAGUGAUUGAAGAUGUCGGAGCAUACACUGGCUGGGACGGCGCUGUUGCUCACGAUGAAUACGACGUCGUGGCUGAGCGGUUGCAGAAGGCCAAGGAAAAAUUCCUGGAUGCUGAGGCUGGUAGUCCGGAAGAGAGAGCACAGUGGAUCAAGGCUUGGCCAUUUCAGGAUAGAUGA